AUGCAUACAGAUAAUUUACUUGAUCUUCUUCCGCCUGAACUAAUACCAUCCAUUUCAAAGUACCUCCCAGAACGGGAUCUAAAAAAUGCUCGCAAUAUAAAUAAUAUAUGGGAAAGAGAGGAAUUACUAGAGCAGAUUUUACAUUUCUUAUUGAUAGAUAAAUCUCUAUACCCUGCUCUAUUUGUUUGCCGGUCAUGGUACAGAUGUGCCGUUCCUAGCUUAUGGAAAUAUAUCAAACUAAAGGGGAAUGACCUGAAAUGUUACCAUUAUUUUCCAGACGAUUAUACUUAUCAAGAGAGAGACCGUACUCGUUUGGAAAGAUUUGUAAAAAUAAUGUGCGAAAAGCAUAAGCCAGCUUAUGUCUCGAAUGUAACCCAUCUAGAAAUUACUUAUUACCAUUCGCUUUCGGAUAGAAAAAUAAAAAAUAUUGUGGAUACAUUUCCGAAUAUAAUUCAUUUAAAUUUCAAAGAAAGUAUAGGUUUUGGUAAUAGAUCACUAUUUAUAAUAGCGGAAUCAUAUCUUAAUUUAAGAUAUCUCAAUUUGUGGGAUGCUGAAGCGAUAACCGAUAAAGGCUUAUGUGCGAUCGUACGAUCAUGCCGUAACUUAGAACAUCUAAAUAUUUCUUACUGCAGGAAUAUUACCAAUGAAUCUUUGUUUGUAAUUGCAGAUAAUUGUCAUGAUUUACAAGAGUUCCAUUUUGCCGAAGCACGUCGGAUCACAGAUAAAUCUAUAUGUUGCAUCUUAAACUCAUGCCCAAAUUUACGUAAAUUUGAUAUUGCAUAUAGCAAGGGGAAAAUAAAAAAUGCUAGUACUUUAAUGCAGAGAUGUCUCAAUAUAGAGUAUCUUGACUUUGCUGGUGUUAUGGCUUUCUAUGAUGAUGCAUUAAUUGUAGCUAUCAUUAGAGCAUCUCCGAAUUUAAGACACUUAGAGAUUGGUGGUAAUGAUAUUGGUGAUGAGGUUACCGAGGCGCUAGCCCAUACUUGUCAAAAAUUAGAAUAUUUCGAUUUAAGUGGUUGUACAUUUAUUAGUGAAUUAUCAAUCUGCAAUGUUAUUCGCUCCUGCCCGAAGAUUCAGCAUCUCAGCCUUGGAUGUUGCAAUAUUACCAGUACCACUAUCAAAGAAAUUGCUCGUUCACGUCCCAAUUUAAAAUUUCUUGAUUUGGAGGGGUGUAGAAAUAUCAGCAAAAAAGCCAUGGACCAGCUAAAUUCAAAUAUUCAUAUCGAAAAUUUUGAUGAAGAUUACUGUUCUGAUUCGGAAUCUUCUAGCUCCGAAACCGAAUCAGAGGAUGAAGUUGCCUAUAAUAAUGAUGUACCUCCUCCGAUAAUUACGGGUACGGCUGAAACUCCGAAUGAUUUUAUUACUGCAUUUAAUGAUUAUCUUAGACAGGUUGGUGGUACUCUGCCGAUCUAA